AUGAAGCUUAUUCUUGUAUUGGCUGCCCUCAUUGUGAUUGUUUCCACUGCUAGCUCCCGGCGUGAUAGCUCCGAUUUCGACAGUUCACGUGGUUCUUCCGAGAGCUUCUCCCGUGGUUCCAACAGCAUCGCAUCUGACUCCAGCGGAAGUGUCAGUUCCAGCUUCGAAUCCAAAUCGAGCUCAAUUUCCAAUUCUCACUCAAAGUCCAACUCUCACUCCAACGAAUCGGAUUCCCGCAUCUCUAGCUCUCAAUCAAGAUCAUUUUCCAAUUCGGCGUCUGAUGAAACAAGUUCAUCAGAACAAGACAGAAGUUGA